AGCCGGGUGUCCUCACAGCUUCUCUCGUCUUCUCGGCAUCAAAGACAUCUCUUCUCGCUUCCUUAAAGAGCUGGUAAAGCCUUUGACUUCAGGACAGAAGUGGGCUAAGGCAAGAGGUCCGUGUUUUUAAAGACUUCAUCAGGAAAACGAGAGAGUGGAGGUCAGCUGUAUAACAGUUGCAGAAUGCCUUUCGGAGGAGGAAACAAGUGCGGCUGCUGCCAGAAAACUGUCUAUUUUGCCGAGGAGGUGCAGUGUGAGGGGAAGAGCUGGCACAAAUCCUGUUUUCUUUGCAUGGUCUGCAAGAAGAACUUGGACAGCACAACGGUGGCUGUUCAUGGGGAUGAAAUCUAUUGUAAAUCAUGCUAUGGCAAGAAGUAUGGGCCAAAAGGCUAUGGCUUUGGAGGUGGAGCUGGCACACUGAGCAUGGACACAGGAGAAGGACUUGGGAUCAAGCCUGAAGCUCCAGCUCCUCAUCGUCCUACAAAUAAUCCCAAUGCCUCCAAGUUUGCCCAGAAAGCGGGAGGCUCAGAUGUGUGUCCCAGGUGUGGGAAAACGGUGUAUGCAGCGGAGAAGGUGGUUGGAGGAGGAAAUUCGUGGCACAAGGGCUGCUUUCGUUGUGCCAAAUGUGGUAAAGGCCUGGAGUCCACCACCCUCGCUGACAGGGAUGGGGAGAUCUACUGUAAAGGUUGCUAUGCAAAGAACUUUGGUCCUAAGGGUUUUGGCUUUGGUCAGGGUGCCGGAGCUCUGGCUCAUUCUCAGUAAAGCCCGAGGCUUCUGUCGACGGGGGACUCUCUUCUGCUGCUCUCUGAUAGCAUAGCUUUCACUUUCCAUCAGUCAAAAUCUGACCUUCUGCUUCCUGCUGCAGGCCUGCCUUCACCCGGCAGGUCAUGUAGCUGUUGGAGCAUCUGGAGCACAUUUAUGAAAUCUGUCUAAAAACGGAGCUAAUUCUGUGUUUCACAAAAUCUUAAAACUGUUGAAGUGAACAUAAAACAACCUGAAUGUGUUAAACUGAUUUAAGCUGUUUAUGUUUCAGCUGCGGUUAAAUAAAUGUAAAAACCAUCUA